AACUGCAAAACAAUAAAUUGUUCCUUAAACCCUAAAUAAACCCCUUUCAUCCCUUACCUCUCUACUCUCUCUCUCGCCGGAAACCGCCGCUCCUCAAUUUCCCUUCCUCGCCGGCUGUUGCCCUCAUUCUUCGUCCACAAGUAACUAACUGAUAAUAAAGGAGUUAGUGUGGAUAUGGGCACACCGGGCAAUUUCGACGAGCUACAGGAACUGUUUAGACACCACAUACAGUCCUUUGAUCAUUUUGUUGAAGCAGGAUUGGAUACAUUACUACUUUGCAUUAAGCCUAUCACAGUCUAUGAUCCUUCCACUAAGACCAGCCUCAGGAUAUGGCUGGGGAAAUCUCAUUUAUUUGCACCGGUAAAGGAACAAAUGUUGAAAACGAUGAAGGAGCCUCUUCUCCCUUUUGAAUGUCGGCAGGCUAAAAUCUCUUAUACAGGAAAGUUCAUGGCUGAAGUUUGCUUUGAGUAUAAUAAUAAAGGAGUUGCUAUAAGAGACAAUUUCAAUUUCGGGCAGAUGCCUAUAAUGCUAAAGUCAAAGCUUUGCCACUUGAGACAUGCUGAUCCUCAGAAGUUAGUUUCUUACAAAGAAGAGUCAUCGGAGAUGGGUGGUUACUUCAUCAUGAAUGGGCUUGAAAGAGUCGUUCGACUCAUAAUAAUGCCAAAAAGGAACUAUCCAAUGAGUACUGUUCGUAGUUCAUUUCGUGAUCGGCGAGAAGGAUAUACUGAUAAAGCAGUUAUUAUAAGAUGUGUAAGGGAAGAUGAAUCUUCAGUGACAAUCAAAUUGUACUACCUUCGAAAUGGAAGUGCAAGACUUGGAUUCUGGGUACAGGGAAGAGAGUACUUGCUUCCCGUUGGCAUUGUUUUAAAGGCCCUUAUUGACACAACUGAUCACGAAAUUUAUGCGAGCUUAACCUGCUGCUAUAAUGAGAAGUAUGAUAAGGGAAAAGGUGUUGUUGGGACUCAGCUAUUGGGGGAAAGAGCACAAAUUAUUCUAGAUGAAGUUCGAGAUUUGGACCUUUUUAAUCGUAUUCAAUGUCUAGAGCACAUUGGAGAGCAUUUCAAACCUAUUAUGCAUGGACUUGAAAACGCAAGCUAUUCUGAUAUUGCAAAUGCUGUUCUGAAGGACUACAUAUUUGUUCACCUUGAUAAUAAUCACGACAAGUUCAAUUUGUUGAUUUUUAUGGCGCAGAAGCUUUUUUCAUUCAUCGAUCAGACUUCAGUAACAGACAACCCCGAUUCCCUGCAAAAUCACGAAGUCUUACUCCCUGGUCACUUGAUUACCCUUUAUUUGAAGGAAAAAUUAGAAGAUUGGUUGUCCAAGGUAAAGAAGCUUCUUCAAGAUGAGAUCGACAAAAAGGGCAAACCUUUUGAUUUGGGCGACUUGGCUCAAGUAAAGAAGGUUAUGGAUAAAGCUCCGGCAAAACAAGUCAGUUUAGCUAUUGAAAACCUUUUAAAAACCGGAAGAAUUAUGACUCAGACUGGUUUAGAUUUGCAGCAGAGGGCAGGCUAUACAGUUCAGGCAGAGAGGCUUAAUUAUCUACGUUUCGUUUCUCAUUUUCGUGCGGUUCAUCGAGGGGCUUCUUUUGCGGGACUUCGUACAACCAGCGUGCGGAAGCUGUUACCUGAAUCUUGGGGUUUCCUGUGCCCUGUUCAUACACCUGAUGGCGAACCUUGUGGCUUGCUAAAUCAUUUGACUUGCAAUUGCCGAAUCACAUCUUUCUACGAUUCACAUGGAGAACUUAGAGACUUUUACAAGAUUAGAAUGUCUAUCCUCAAUGUUUUGGUUCAGGUUGGAAUGUUACCUGCAUUGCCGAAGUUGGUUCAAGCUGGUCCUCCCGAAGUUCUUUCUGUUCUAUUGGACGGUCGAAUAGUUGGUUCUAUAUCUUCUAGUGUAAUUGAGAAAGUAGUGGCUCAUUUACGGAAACUGAAAGUCUCACCUGUUUCCGGGAUUCCCGAUGAUCUCGAAGUGGGAUAUGUACCUUUAAGCAUCGACGGUACUUAUCCUGGUUUAUAUCUGUCUACAUGUCCGUCAAGAUUUGUUCGGCCAGUCAAAAAUAUUUCAAUCCCUUCUACCGAAGACCAAAAUAUUGAGCUUGUCGGUCCAUUUGAGCAGGUUUUCAUGGAAAUAAAAUGCCCUGAUGGCGGGGAUGGUGGAAGAAAAGAAGCGUUUCCUGCCACUCACGAAGAAAUACAUCCAACCGGGAUGUUAAGUAUGGUAGCUAAUCUUACACCUUGGUCAGAUCAUAAUCAGAGUCCACGUAACAUGUACCAGUGUCAGAUGGGAAAGCAAACAAUGGGUUUCGCUAUACAAGCGCUUCACUGUCGUGCUGAUCAAAAACUAUAUCAUCUUCAGACGCCGCAAUCUCCCAUUGUUCGGACGAGUACAUAUACGAAGUACAACUUGGAUGAGUAUCCAAUAGGCACAAAUGCAAUAGUUGCUGUACUUGCAUAUACCGGAUACGAUAUGGAAGAUGCUAUGAUUCUUAAUAAGUCAUCUGUCGAUCGUGGAAUGUUUCGUGGACAAAUAUAUCAGACAGAGACAAUUGAUUUAUCUGAUCAAGGAAGCAGGUCUGAAAGGAAUCAAACAAUGUUUAGAAGAAGUAAUGUUGAUAAAUCAAUGCAUUCUUUGAUUGAUUCAGAUGGCCUCCCUUAUGUUGGUCAGAUGAUAAAUCCGAACGAACCCUUUUGUUCCAUUUACAAUGAGGUGACAGGUCAUACAAGAACCAGCAAGCGAAAAGGUGCAGAACCUGCGUUUGUUGACUAUGUUUCUGUUGAUAUGAAGACCAAGAAAAAUGUUCAUAAGGCCAGUAUACGUUUUCGACAACCAAGGAAUCCCAUUAUCGGUGAUAAAUUUAGCAGCCGACAUGGGCAGAAAGGUGUCUGCUCGCAGUUGUGGCCUGAUAUCGAUAUGCCAUUUUCUGAAAUUACAGGAAUGCGUCCGGAUCUUAUUAUAAAUCCUCAUGCAUUUCCUUCUCGAAUGACAAUAGGCAUGCUUAUGGAAUCAAUCGCUGCGAAGGGAGGUAGCUUGGAAGGGAAAUUUGUCAACGCGACUCCAUUUUCGAGUUCAGUUAAAAAGGCUGAUGAUGGAACUGAAUCGAAAUCUGUCAAGACACUUGUUGAUGAACUUGGUGAAAAGUUAAAAGAGAAGGGAUUCAAUUUCCAUGGUACUGAGGUAUUAUACAGUGGGGUUUAUGGUGAAGAACUCGAAUGUAACAUCUUUAUCGGUCCUGUCUAUUAUCAACGAUUACGACACAUGGUCUCCGAUAAAUUUCAGGUUCGAUCCACGGGAACUAUAGACCAAGUGACCCGACAACCCAUCAAAGGUCGAAAACGUGGAGGUGGUAUUCGUUUCGGGGAGAUGGAAAGAGACUCCAUGCUCGCCCACGGAGCUUCAUAUUUAUUACACGAUAGGCUUCAUACAUGUUCCGAUCAUCAUAUUGCUAACGUGUGUUCUCUAUGCGGAAGUCUCCUCACAACAUCCUUUAUUCAGAACCAAAAGCGAGUUGUUCCUCAGGUGGGCGGGUUACCUCCUAGACAAUCGUCGAGAAAGAUCAUAUGCCAUUCGUGUCAAUCGAGUAAAGGGAUGGAGACAGUCGCAAUGCCCUUUGUUUUUCGGUAUUUGGCUGCAGAGUUAGCCGCUAUGAACAUAAAAAUGAGCCUCCAGCUAAGUAAUAGCGCCACAGCCUGAUUUUCGAGCAACUAAUUCGGAAAGAAUGAGUAAGAAAUAUUCUCAAUUUUGUUGUACAUAUCUUUUUAUUGGUUCCUUCAAAUGUCUUAUAUAGCCAAAUUUUACUCUAGAUGAUGAUGAUCCUUAAUUUUGAAUUGAAAUAUGGAAUGAACCCUAUUUGAUUUAUUAGAGAUUGGAGAGAUUAGGAUUCUUCCUUUAGUCUUAAAUUUUCAAUUUGAUCUUUGAGUUUUUGAAGUUGUAUCUCAUUUUUAUGGAUGUUAUGGAAAUUAAAUAUCCUAAUAUAUAGAUUCAUAUUAUAUUCU